GAUGGCCCAUGGGUGCGUUGAAAGGCUACAGCUUCCAGCGUUCGCUUUCAUAGUUUCCUUGAUUGACUGUUCCGUCUGACAAAAACAAUCCGGAGUGAUCUACUCUUUGAAGCAACAUAUUACCUUUUUUAUAUUCGUUCACACCUUGCGAGACAAGGCUCUUUUCAUCCCUUUUGGACUUUAGAUUAUCAAUAUACCAAUAGUUUUUAUCAUCCCCUUAUUUUUUAAAAUGCAAGUCUUAUUGGCUCUGGUUCUUCUUGUCAGCUUUGACUUGCAAGGUGCUCUAGGCGCUACUUGCCGGGCUCGUAAACAUCAUCGUGUAGCUAAAUCUUCAAAUCGAUCGAUCAUCUCAGUUUACUAUCCUGGCUAUAAUGCCAAGUUCUUACCAGUAGAAAAAAUUCCUUGGAAGAGAUACGAUCAUUUGCAUUAUUUCGUUGCGGUUCCAGGUGACACAGCGAAAGAUGAUUUGAAAAUUGAUACGGAAGCCAACAUGAAGGAGGUUAUCUCAGCUGCAAAAUCUCAUAACGUUUCCACCUCACUUACUGUCGGAGGCUGGACAGGAAGCCGUUUCUUUAGUGCUUUGGUCGGCAGUGAGCAAAACCGAACGGAUUUCGCCACGUCUAUUUCGCGAGCAGUCAAAAAGUACGGUUUUGAUGGGAUUGACUUAGAUUGGGAAUAUCCCAACGUCCAAGGUUUAGGAUGUAACCUUCUCAACAAAGAUGAUAGUCAAAACUUUUUAUCCUUUCUUAAAGUUUUACGAUCAAAACUUGGUGCUCACUCUCGACUUUCGGCUGCUGUUUCGGUACACGGUUUCAUGUCGGCUGAUGGAACCACUUACCUCAAUGACACCAGCGCGUUUUCUCGUGAAUUAGAUUUCCUUACGAUCAUGGCCUACGAUGUCUAUGGUCCCUCAUUUUCCAAAGUAGCUGGCCCAAACGCCCCACUUUUCGACACUUGCUCUGAACCCAACUUUCGAUACUCUGUUUCCCAAGCCAUCAAACAAUGGACUUCUACCGGAACACCUGCAAAGAAGCUUAUCCUUGGUCUGCCAGCUUAUGGUUACGGAUACACCACCCUAUCGAACAAAUUGACACCUAGCACCUUUUCUGGGAAGUCGGGUGUGACUAGUACAUUAUUUCAACCUUCGAGUCCUACUGUUCCUCCUGCUGGUAAGAUAGCUGACGCCGGAGGAUCAAAAGAUGUCUGUGGAAACAUCACCAAAGCUGGAGGACAAUGGCUCUUUAAAGAAUUAUCUCAAACAGGAAAGCUUUCAACUGACGGAAAAAAAGGACUUGAAGGUUAUGAAAGGCAUUAUGAUAAUUGUACUCAUACUCCAUUUUUAUUCAACCCCUCAACUCGAAAUCUAAUCAGCUACGAUGAUGGUUUCUCUUUAGCUGAAAAGACAAAAUAUGCAAUUGCACAAGGAUUAGCAGGUGUCGAUAUUUUUGACGCAACAGGUGACUCAGAAGACGGUCAAUUACUAGGAAGUAUUCAAAAGGCCUUGAACAGGCAGAGCUAGAUAAUGAAUUCUCAUUACUCGAUGAAUGUGAAGAUUUAUUUUGAUAUCUUUCGUUUGACUUGACUAUAUGUAGGACUAUCGUUUAACUUGCUUUCUUUUAUCACUUAACGUCCUUUAUAAAGUUACCUAAACUUUCUACCAAAGUUGGUUAUGUAUGUACAAGACGUAUGGUAGUGUUUGAUUUGUAAGACCCACCUCACGUUUAUCACCUUAUAGUACCAUUCAUUGUAAUACGCUAGAUCUUAAAAUAUGUACCUCUUGAUGAGGAAUUAAAUUCGAUCACAAUACUCAAAUAUCUACUAAUGUUCGAUUCUAACAGCGCUUCAUUAAGGUUGACUCAUCUUUGAAAGAAGAAUUGAUUGGAACGCUUUUUGAAACGAACCUUUAUCUGAUU